CACGAGUACCAGCGCGGCCGACGGCGGUGGCGGUGGCGGCGGCGGCGACGACAUGGCUUCGGAGCUGGACGUGCGCGCCCGGCUGCAGCGCGCCGGCCAGGAGCACCUCCUGCGCUUCUGCGCCGAGCUGGCGCCGGGGCCGCGUGCCGCGCUGCUGGCCCAAUUGGAGCCCCUGCAGCCCGAGGCGCUGCGCGAGCACUGCCGGCGCGCGGCCGCCGCCUGCGCGCGGCCCCCGGCCCCCGCGCCUGACCUGGCCGCGCGCCUGCGGCCCCUGCCUCCCGAGCGCGUGGGCAGCGCGAGCGGGGUCUCCCCCCAGACGCGGCGGCUCUGGGAGGAGGAAGGUUUCCACCAGAUCGCCCUGAACAAGGUGGCCGUGCUGCUGCUGGCUGGUGGGCAGGGCACUCGCCUGGGCGUGACCUACCCCAAGGGCAUGUAUCAGGUGGGGCUGCCCAGCCAGAAGACCCUGUAUCAGCUGCAGGCAGAACGGAUUCGGCGGGUGGAGCAGCUGGCUGGCGAGCGCUAUGGGACCCGCUGCACCGUGCCCUGGUACAUCAUGACCAGUGAAUUCACGCUGGGGCCCACAGCCAAGUUCUUCAAGGAGCAUGAUUUCUUUCACUUGGACCCCAACAACGUGGUCAUGUUUGAACAGCGCAUGCUGCCUGCUGUGACCUUCGAUGGCAGGGCCAUCCUGGAGCGGAAAGACAAGGUUGCCAUGGCGCCAGAUGGCAACGGGGGCCUGUACUGCGCGCUGGCGGACCACCAGGUCUUAGAGGACAUGGAGCGGCGCGGAGUAGAGUUUGUGCACGUGUACUGUGUGGACAACAUCCUGGUGCGACUGGCCGACCCGGUCUUCAUCGGAUUCUGCGUACUGCGGGGUGCCGACUGUGGAGCCAAGGUGGUGGAAAAGGCGUCCCCCGAGGAGCCGGUGGGCGUGGUGUGCCAAGUAGACGGCGUCCCACAGGUGGUGGAGUACAGCGAGAUCAGCCCCGAGACGGCCCGGCUGCGUGCGCCCGGAGGGGGCCUGCUCUACAACGCGGGCAACAUUUGCAACCACUUUUUCACGCGAGAGUUCCUCCAGAUGGUCACCAGGGAGUUCGAGCCCUUGCUGAAGCCACACGUGGCUGUGAAGAAGGUUCCCUACGUGGACGAGGAGGGGAAUCCAGUAAAGCCGCUCCAGCCCAACGGGAUAAAGAUGGAGAAGUUCGUGUUUGAUGUGCUCCCGUUUGCCAAGAACUUCGUGGCCUUCCAAGUGCUGCGGGGGGAGGAGUUCGCCCCUCUAAAGAACGCUGACUCGGCUGAGAGAGACAACCCCUCCACGGCGCGGCGGGCCCUGCUCGCUCAGCACCACCGGUGGGCCCUGCAGGCGGGAGCCCACUUCCUGGACGCACACGGGGCCCGGCUCCCCGAGCAACCCAGCCCACCCGGCAGUGGAGAGCCUCCGGCCGUCUGCGAGAUCUCGCCCUUGGUGUCAUACUCCGGAGAGGCUGCCUUGGCAUCUCACCUGGAGCCCAGGGGCUGGAUACCUGGUCAUCGUGACCUGCUUGUUUCCAGGGACUGGAGGUGUACCUGCAAGGCCGGGAGUUCGGGUCCCCGCUCAUCCUGGACGUGGACACGGCCAGGACACUGCAGGCCUGACUCCCUCCUAGACCUGCCAGCCCCGGGGUCCCCAAGGCUGAGGACGCAGCCCCGGCCUGGGCUCCAAGGAGGAAAGCAGGCUGCUCUGAGUUUCUGGCUGCAGAACGUGGGCCACAGAACUGAACCUGGGGGCCGCAGCCCAGCCCCCUUCCGCGCCCGGCUGAGACCGACAGCAGGUCGGGGUGGCUCUCCGGAAGCUUGGCCUGCACGCCUGGCACUGAGUUCUCUGGAGUUCCGCCCGAGGCCUCAGCCCCCAGGAACCAGUGGGACCGAUGCCGAUGCUGGAGGCUCCCGUGGUGGUCGAUUAGUCUGGAGUUUAACCAGGAGGGGAGCGCCGUCCCCGCCCAGCCUGCCGGUAGCUUCUGACAGAUCCCGGGGCUCACGCUCCGCCCCUGCUCUCUGGGGAGGGGUGGGGGGCGCAGCCUCCGUAUUCGGGGCCACGGCCCCCUUGCUGCACCCCCGCAGCCUGGCCGAGGCAGGGAGAAACCAGCUGGCUCUGGUCUCUUGCCCCUGGCGUGGCUGCUCGGGGUCCCAGUGCCCACUUUCCCGUCUGGAGAGCAGCACAGCGGCACCUGCCUCUUCCUGCUGAUGUGAAGAGCAUCAUGAAGUGCAGCCCGCUGCUCAGCCGCGGCCGCCUGCCCCCUUGCCGCUCCGCAGUCCGUGCGCAGCCAUGCUCUCCCCCGGGAAGGCUGCUGUCCGGCGGUGGGUCCAGAGGCGGUGAUCCCUCCAGAGACUUGGAGUGGACGGUGGCUGCGUCCACGCCUCCCGACCUGGGUGUGAUGGCGGGGUCAGGGCCACGCCCAAGGCCCACAGGACGACUCUGCAUCCAUCCAGGCACUGCCACGCUUUUCAAGCCUCAGAAUCGAACCUUGUGCCUUAGUUUCCUUCUCCCCGCUGCUCCACAGGCAAGCAGAGGGCCUGGGGCAGAGGAGGGUCACCAAGGGGGAGGCCGAGGUUGAGGCUCCCGCCACGGCCCAGGGGCUCCUCACUGCCACACCAGGACACCCAGCAACCUUUUUUCUACACAAGUAGAGUUAGUUGGGUAAACUGUUGAAGCAGCUCGCUUUCGAAAAACCUUUUUAUUUUCACAUGAAGUUUCACACAUAGCACAGAGGGGUCCGGGGUACCCUGCACCAAGUUUCCUGCAAUGUUUGCAUCUUCCGUGAUGCUAGGACACUGUGACCAGGAGACCCUGCUUGUGCUGAGUCCUUUCUCACACAAAAAGGCUCCCUGUGCCCGCUUUGCACUCAGGGGCAGCCCGGUCGGUGGGUCCGUUCGCCACAGGGGCCUCCCUCCUGCUCCCUUGAGGGCCACACGCCCCCACCAUCUCUAACCCAGACGGCCACUGGUGAAGCAAUUGAGUUGAAAGACGGCAGACCCUCGAUUUUCCACAGAAUGUGGGGAUUUCCAAUAAACACGAGGUGCUGUGAUGCA